AUGCAUCAUUCCGCACGUUUGCACCUGCGUCGUGAAGUCGUUCUUGAACAUUAGCCAGUUCUUUUCUUGGCCAUCGAAGUUUAGCUGCUUGAGGCGCGGGAUCCGGGCAUUCAUGAGUGGGUCGUACCGUGCCAGCGGAUCACUGGUUGAGCUAUCGUGCGAGAAGUCCCCCACAGACGGCAGCGUGGGUCCUUGCGGGGCUGUGUCCGGCAGUCCUCGUGCUCCCUCGAGCCCCUGUCCGGUGGACGCCGCUGAUGCGGCCAACGGGUCUCGGCCCGACCUCCACGAUAUGGUGAGCUGCCUCCUCGUGGCGAUGCGGGCGGCCACCAUGAACGCAACGUCUCCGGUUGUGUGGCCCGGCUGCGCCGUGGCGACUCCGGCAUCUCCGGCGUUCCAGCGGCCCAAGGCCGGCCGCGUCAAGGCCAAGCCGGUCCAGCCCAUCGUGCGAGAGCGUAGCUCGGGCGAGGACUCGGGCUGGAGUUGCGCGGGAGCCUCUCCCCCCCCCCCGGAGCCAUCUUCAUUGGCGGGCAAUGGCCGGGCACGACAGUAGGCCAAGCGCCACACGAGCGGGACUCUUGGCAAGGGAGGCGGAUCGGGCUCUGGUUCAGACCGGAGUCUCACCCGGAAGCACGGCGCUCGGAAGGGUCCUUCUUCCAGGCAACAAGUGAAACGGAUCUUGGAUGGAGGAGCCCCUGGACCAGACGCUUUCCAGCUAUUGAUGCGUCACCUGGCGGAGCAAUUUGACGUCGGAGACCGCCAAGAGUCGUUUUUGCGGCUGCAACAAUUUGGCGUAGCAGAUGGUACUCCUUUCGCGGAUUAUCUUCGGGCUUUCCGUUUGUUAGUUUCAUCUGUGACUGGCUCUGAGCGUACUUUGGCCCCUAGUGUAUCCAUGGUUCUCAAAAUUGUGCGAAACUCGGUCGACAAGCAAUUUUCGAGUCUGUCUCCGCUUUUGUAGCCGGGUGUUUUGGCCACUGCGGUCACUCCCUUUGAGUCGAUUGCGGUUGUGUGGGAGGC